UCUUCUUCUUCUUCAUCGUCGCAACAACGACCAGAAGAGGCAGCAGGAGCAACGCCGGACGAGUAUUUUGUCCAACAAGCAAAGCUCUACAGACAUCUCGAAAAGAGGCUCAACAAGUUCAAUAAAAAGGCUGCAAACGAAAGGCGCGGGCUCAAUAGAAACAGGAGACACUCAAAGUCCAUAAAGCCCACGUUCUCGAACCCCUCAAACGCCCAAACCAGCCCACCCAUCUCAUCAUCUGCACCUUCCGAUACAUUCACUAGCAACAUGAUCUCGUCAAGCAUUCGGGUCUCAGGAAGAUCGCUCGCACAAGUGAUUCGCCCUGCUGUCGCUUCAGCUUCAUUCUCGACCACCGCUACUGCCGGAGCGCGUGUUCAAAAGAAACAAAGCAAGAAGAAGGUAGCUAGUCCGGACGCUUUGUCCGCUUCUGAAGCGGCUCGAGUUCUCCGUGCUUUGGAAGUUGCCCAUCCAACAUCUACUUAUUCUUUGACGCUCCAUACCAAGUCACAUAAAUCAGCUCUCCCCAUCCGUGGCUCUUUCACCCUUCCUCUGGAUCCACGUAGAACAUCAGAAACAAUUCUUGUUUUCGCCGAACCAUCAUCUCCUUCUGCUACCCUUGCGAAAGAGGCAGGCGCAGCGUAUGUCGGAGGUGAUGAACUAUUCGAACCCGUGUUGAGCGGUAAAAUUCACCCUACGAGAUGUCUUGCAACUCCGGGGAUGAUGCCUGCUGUAACUAGGACUCUUGCCAGAUUCUUGGGUCCGAAAGGUCUCAUGCCGGUCGCCAAGCGAGGUGGUGUAGCUGAAGGCGAAGAAUUGGCAGAGAGAAUCAGAGAUGCGGCCGGCAAGAUGGAGUACAGGGCAGACAAGCAGGGGACUGUCAAGGUUAAUGUUGCGCGAGUAGACUUUGGGAUUCCUUCGGUGGAAAACAACAUCAAAUCGUUUAUACAGACUGUGAGAGACAACCAGGCUACUGCGAACCAAACAGACGAUCCGCUUGCUGCCGCCGGAAAGAGCAAGAAGAAGAAGGGCUCAUCCAUCACCUCUGUGAUCUUGGAAUCAACAAAUGGACCUAGUAUAGAACUAAACGAUGUGCUUUAGGUCAUGCAUCUGAAUUUCUAUUGAG